CUCUCUAUCUCCUCAUGUACUAAUUCACACAUCUUUCUCUCACUAAAAAAUAAUUCAGUUCUCUAUUUACUGAAAAAUAAAGCGUCUGAACCACCCUUUUAAAGGCGCCUCAACUAGCUUGCUCAUCCUUUCAGCUAACUAUUUCGCUUUUUUUUAAUAUAUCAUCGAUGAAUCAUUACAGUCAAUACGUCGACAACAAUCAAAAAAGUGAUGAAGAAACUAAUAAUUCGGACCUUAAAAGAGGUUCAUGGACUAUUGAAGAAGAUUUCACUCUUAUGAAUCAUAUAGCUCUUCAUGGUGAAGGUCGUUGGAAUUCGCUCGCUCGUUCUGCAGGUUUAAAGAGGACUGGAAAAAGUUGUAGAUUAAGAUGGCUUAAUUAUCUUAGACCAGAUGUUCGACGUGGAAAUAUUACACUUGAAGAACAAUUAUUAAUUCUUCAACUUCAUUCACGUUGGGGCAAUAGGUGGUCGAAAAUUGCGCAGCAUUUGCCGGGAAGAACGGAUAACGAGAUCAAGAAUUACUGGAGAACGAGAGUGCAAAAACAUGCAAAGCAAUUAAAAUGUGAUGUGAAUAGCAAACAAUUCAAAGAUACAUUGCAUUAUCUAUGGAUACCAAGAUUAGUUGAGAGAAUUAAAGCUUCAACAAAUUCAAAUAAUAAUCAAGUGAAUAAUAUUCAACAAACAAAUUAUGACAAUAUUAUUAUUAACAAUAACAAUAAUAAUAAUAAUAAUAUUGUCCAAAACAUUAUGAAUAAUUUCAAACAAGAAAAUUAUUCUAGUACAACAACAACUUCAUCAGAAAAUUCAUUUGGGAGUACACAAAUUUCAGACAUGUCUGAUAAUUGUUACACUAAUUACCCUCUUAAUCAAGGUGAUUAUCAUGGGGAAAUAUUAAUUAAUCCCACAAGUGAUUAUUUUCAACAUGGUAUUAUUGAUGAUAAUAAUCAUCAACAAAACAUGAGCCAGUUAUUUUUCGAUGAUGUUUCAGACAAGUUUUGGAACCAAGAAGAUAUGUUGUUCUUACAACAACAACUCAACUGACACCUCAGAGGUCUCGGGUUACAGCUGUAGGUAUGCAAAAGAUCUUAUCAGAGAACUAGCGUCGUUACGUGUAGAGUAGUAAAUCAUCAUCAAGUGUACAAUUAAUUAAAAUUAGGGUCAUUAAUUACUCAUUACAAUUCACCAAAGAAUAGUUUUUUUUUUUUUUUUUUUAAAUUGUAAUCUCUAUUUAUGUUAGAUUAAUACAUUAGCCUUUGUGAAGGGUUUGUAAUAUUUACAUCUUUUAGAAUUUUAUUCUUUGAAUGAGAAUUUUUUUUAUAUGGUU